AUGGCCAAGGCGGCGGCCUCCUCGGCGCUGGAGGACUUGGAUCUGAGCGGAGAGGAGGUGCAGCGGCUCACCUCCGCCUUUCAGGACCCAGAGUUCCGCCGAAUGUUCUCCGAGUACGCCUCGGAGAUCACAGACCCUGAGAACCGCAGGCGCUAUGAGGAGGAGAUCACCGCCCUGGAGCGGGAGCGCGGGGUGGAGGUGCGGUUCGUGCACCCAGAGCCCGGGCACGUGCUGCGAACCAGCCUGGACGGGGAGCACCGCUGCUUCGUGAACGUGUGCAGUAACUCGCUGGUAGGCGCGCCCAGCAGCCGGCCGGGCCCGGGGCGCGGCGGCACAGCAGCUGGCAGCCACUGGUCCCUGCCCUACAGCCUGGCGCCGGGCCGCAAGUACGCGGGGCGCAGCGGCUCCCGCUACACGGUCUACGACGUGGUCUUCCACCCGGACGCCUUAGCGCGGGCCCGGAGCCACGAGCGAUUCCGCGAAAUGCUGGAUGCCACGGCCCUGGAGGCGGUGGAGCAGCAAUUCGGCGUCAGGCUGGACCGCAGGAACGCCAAGACCCUGAAGAUCAAGUACAAGGGGCUGCCCGAGGCUGCAGUGCUCCGCACGCCCCUUCCCGGGGGCGGCCCUGCCCGGCCCGACGGGGAGCCACCCGGGCUUCUCCCGGACCUGCUAUACCCGUACCCGUACCGCUACCCCGAAGCGGCGGAGAGCACGGCUCGCACACCGGCAGCCCCGGCUCCCCAGGCACCCCGGGCGGAGCAGCGGCCGGAGCCCACGGAGCCGCGGUGCACGGUGGUGCAGCGCCACCACGUGGACCUCCAGGAUUACCGCUGCUCGCGCGACGCCGCCCCGAGCCCGGUGCCGCACGAGCUGGUGGUCACCAUCGAGCUGCCGCUGCUGCGCUCGGCCGAGAAGGCGGACCUGGAGGUGAAGGGGAAGCUGCUGUGCCUGGACUCCAGGAGCCCGGACUACCGGCUGCGCCUCUCGCUGCCCUACCCGGUGGACGACGGCCGCGGCAAGGCGCAGUUCAACAAGGCGCGGCGACAGCUGGUUGUCACGCUGCCCGUGGCCCUGGCGACCGCGCGCCGGGACCUCGCUGCGCCGCCGCCGGAAGUGUCCGCGGCCGAGACCGGAUCUGACGGCGCAGCCAGCGCUUCCGAGGGCGACCUCGCUGCUGCGGCGCGGGAAGAUUCGGUGAAUGAGACCCGAGCUGACCGCGGGGACGGGAGCGGUGUGGGAGCCCCAGGCUUCGGGGCUGCAGACGCUGAAGGGGAGCUCGUUCCCAAGCCGGGGCGAGACUUCGGUGGGGACUCGGUGGCAUCUCUAGACCUCGGGGAAGGGUCUCCUUCUGGGGACCGAAGCCUCCCUUGCACCGCGUUCCCGGUCUGUGACACCGAGUCCCGUGCGGGAAACCCGGGACUGUGCGGAGACCCCAAUGCCCAGGCGUGUGAGGAGCCGGAGGGGACCCGCCACGACGCCUGGGGCUCAGCCAUGGGUGGCUCCGGAGCCGAGAGCAUCGAACCAUCGUGCCCUCCUUUGCAGUGCAGUCAGGACGAAGACUCCUUGACCCUGCUCAUUCAGGUGCCUCAGAUUCUGCCGCAGAGUCUUCAGGGGGACCUGAGCCCCCUCCGAUACAAAGUGUGCUUCUCCACACAGGACUCAGGCUAUUCCUUCACUCUGCAGUUUGCUCCACAGAAUAAGUUGAGUACCAGAGACCCGGCGGUUAGCAUUUCUGUCAGCAAUGCAGUGAUAGUACUGGCAAAAUCUCCGGAGAGCCGUGGACACUGGCGAGAAUGGUACUGUGGCUUCAACACCGAUUCUUUGGAGGAAAGAUUGUUUCUCGAUGAAGAAAACGUUAAUGAGUUUCUUGAAGAGGUUCUGCACUCCCCAUCGACACAGGAAAGGUCCCUAGCCCCCCCACCAUUGAUUGAAGUUCUUCGGGUUACAGAUGAGAAGAUUCAGAUUCAUACAAAGUUGCAAGAGUGUAGUGGGCUUCAAGGAGAGGAAAAAGGAGUCAGUGAAGAAUGUCCACUAAGUGAACAGGGAGAGACAGAACAUUUUACCACCUCUACCGCUGACCCCGAUUCAUCUGUUGCAGUUGAAGCACUAAAAACAAACACUUGUGGCUCAGCUGUGGGCCCUCAACACAUUUGUUCUGAUCUUCCUCACAUGCUGUCUAGAAAACCUCAGCAACCGAAGGCAACAACGGACCCCGAGUUUAUAAAAGAAAACAGUGCAACCUCCUCAGCAGAGGAAAAGGAAAAUGUAAAAGAGCCAGUCAUAACUAAGGAAAAGGAAUUAGAUGGAGAUCACCUGUCUUCAUUACUGGACAAAACGGUAGUUCAAAACAUAGAUGACUUUGAGAGCAUCCAAGAAACCAAUAUGCAGGAUGGUAGUGUGCAGAUUAUUAAAGAUCACACAACUCAUUGUGCAUUCAGUUUUCAGAACUCUUUGCUGUAUGACUUGGAUUAAUUGUAUGUAAUUUUGAAGUUUAAAUGUUAAGUAAUAAAAAUUGGGGACCUAAAA